AUGCUGGUGGUCCUGCUUACAGUGACCUUGCUGGCCCUGAGCCCAGCUGAGAACUCAACUGAAGGUAUUGAUGAACAAAGUCAGAAGAAGCACGAGCAGCCUCAGGGAGCACCUAAUGGAGAAUUCAGACCUCAACCUGCUGCUGGUAAUGGAAACCAUGAGGAAGGUCCCGAGCAGGGACCACCUCAACAAGGAGGCCAGCAGCAGCAGCAGCUGCAGCAGACAAAUGUCACCCAGGGUCCUGGAAACCAACAAGGGCCUCCUCAACAAGGAGGGCAGCAGCCGCCGCCAAAUGAUUCCCCUGCUCCUGGAAACCAGCAAGGACCAUCCCAACAAGGAGGCCAGGAGCAGCAGCAGCCAAAUGCCACACUUGGUUCUGGAAACCAACAGGGAUCACCUGAACAAGGAGGCCAAGAGCAGCAGCAGACAAAUGCCACACUUGGUUCUGGAAACCAACAGGGAUCACCUGAACAAGGAGGCCAAGAGCAGCAGCAGACAAAUGCCACACUUGGUUCUGGAAACCAACAGGGAUCACCUGAACAAGGAGGCCAAGAGCAGCAGCAGACCAAUGCCACCCAGGGUCCUGGAAACCAACAGGGAUCACCUCAACAAGGAGGCCAAGAGCAGCAGCAGCAGCAGCAGCAGACGACGACGAUGACGAUGACGACGACCAAUGCCACCCAGGGUCCUGGAAACCAACAGGGACCAUCCCCACAAGAAGGCCAGCAGCAGCAGCAGCAGCAGCAGCUGCAGCAGCAGACCAAUGCCACCCAGGGUCCUGGAAACCCACAAGGACCACCCCAACAAGAAGGCCAGCAGCAGCAGCAGCAGCAGCAGCAGCAGCUGCAGCAGCAGACCAAUGCCACCCAGGGUCCUGGAAACCAACAAGGACCACCCGAACAAGAAGGUCAGCAGUAG